AUGCUCAAUCACCCCGUUAAAAACAAUCUCCCACUCCGCCCCAUUCAUGGACAAUUACGUCUUCCUCUCCCAACUCGGUCACACCUCCAAGCACUCCAUUGCCCGCUGAUAUUCGUGAUUGAAUUGCCGAUGCAAACGGUGGUGCUGAACAAGAAAAUGGCGUCGCAUAUAGUGAGGAUAGCGCUGGAGAGUGAGACGAAGAGGAACAAGAAGAAGGUGAUGGAGGAAUUGGUGUGGGCGGUUUAUUGCAACGGAAGGAAAGUUGGGUACUCCUUUAGAAGGAAACAUAUGUCGGAUGAUGAGGUUCGUGUUAUGCAGCAGCUGAGAGGGGUUUCGAUGGGUGCCGGCGUUCUGCCCUCGCCGCCGUCGGAUAAGGACGGGAAAUUGACUUACAUGAGAGCCAGAUUUGAGAGGGUCGUUGGAUCCCAGGAUUCCGAGGCUCUCUCUAUGAUUAAUCCAGAUGGGGCCGCCGUGCCCGAGUUGAGAAUAGAAAUUAAAUGA